GCACUAAUCAAAUCUAAGACUAAUAAUAAGCAUCCUGAGUAAUGAGUGGCCUGGGCCGGAGCAGGCGAGGUGGCCGGAGCCGUGUGGACCAGGAGGAGCGGUCUCCACAGGGCCUGUGGACAGGGGUGGCUAUGAGAUCCUGCCCCGAAGAGCAGUACUGGGAUCCCCUGCUGGGCACCUGCAUGUCCUGCAAAGCCAUUUGCAACCAUCAGAGCCAGCGCACCUGUGCAACCUUCUGCAGGUCACUCAACUGCCGCAAGGAGCAAGGCAGGUUCUAUGACCAUCUCCUGAGGGACUGCAUCAGCUGUGCCUCCAUCUGUGGACAGCACCCUAAGCAAUGUGCAUACUUCUGUGAGAACAAGCUCAGGAGCCCAAUGAACCUCCCACCAGAGCUCAGGAGACAGCGGAGUGGAGAAGUUGAAAACAAUUCAGACAACUCGGGAAGGUACCAAGGAUCAGAGCACAGAGGCUCAGAAGCAAGUCCAGCUCUCCCAGGGCUGAAACUGAGUGCGGAUCAGCUGGCCCUGGUCUACAGCACGCUGGGGCUCUGCCUGUGUGCCGUCCUCUGCUGUUUCCUGGUGACAGUGGCCUGCUUCCUCAAGAAGAGGGGGGAUCCCUGCUCCUGCCAGCCCCGCUCAAGGUCCUGUCAAAAUCCGGCCAUGGCUUCCCAGGAUCACGCGAUGGAAGCUGGCAGCCCUGUGGGCACAUCCCCUGAGCCAGUGGAGACCUGCAGCUUCUGCUUCCCCGAGUGCAGGGCGCCCACCCAGGAGAGUGCAGUCAUGCCUGGGACCCCCGACCCCACUUGUGCUGGAAGGUGGGGGUGCCACACCAGGACCACAGUCCUGCAGCCUUGCCCCCACAUCCCAAACAAUGGUCUUGGCAUUGUGUGUGUGCCUUCCCAGGAAGGGGGCCCAGGUGCAUAAAUGGGGGUCAGGGAGGGAAAGGAGGAGAGAGAGAGAUGGAGAGAAGGGGAGAGAGAAAGAGAGGUGGGGAGAGGGGAGAGAGAUGGGGAGAGAGAUAUGGGGAGAGAGAGACAGAGGAGGCAGAGAGAGAGAGAGAGACAGAGGGAGAGAGAGAGACAGAGAGGGAGAGAGAGGAAGAGAGGCAGAGAGGGAGAGAGGGAGAGAGGCAGAGAGGGAGAGAGGGAGAGAGGGAGAGAAGCAGAGAGGGAGAGAGGGAGAGAGGCAGAGAGGGAGAGAGGCAGAGAGACAGAGGAGGCAGAAAGGGAGAGAGAGAGACAGAGCAGGAGGUCGGGACACUCUGAGUCCCAGUUCCCAGUGCAGCCAUCACCUAACCACAUGUGCAAUAAAGUCCUCGUGCCUCCUGCUCACAACCCCCAAGAGCCCCUCCUCCUGGAGAAUAAAACCUUUGGUGGCUGCCCUUCCUCA